UUCGCCGUUAUUCAGUCGCCUAAGACCAAAGAAAAAGUAGUAGUAGUCCCGGUGAAACGUCGCAUUCUCGGUAGUAAUGAGGUGAAUAGUUAUUUAUACAAAACCAGUAUUUAUUAAACCAUGGACAUAGUGCUGUAUAUUCUAGCUGCUGCGGUCCUUCUCGUCCUCAUUGUGUUCGCGCUGAAGGUGCAGAGGAAAACACAGGACGCUGAUCAGGAGCAGAGGAGGGAUGUUGUCCGAGCAGCGGCGGCCCCAUUGCGGGCCCCGGAGGAGCGGGGAGCCGGGAUGCCCCGGAGGAGGAGGAACCUGGGCGCUAUAAUGGCCAACAGGCGGCCUCAGAGACCAGAGGAGGAAGAGGAGCCUGUGGAAGAUGAGGAGGCAGAGCUGCAGGCUGCCCAGCCAGCAGCAAAAAUCGGAGCUAAGAAGCAAAAGAAGUUGGAGGAGAAACAGGCCAAGAAAGCCCAAAGAGAGGCAGAGAUGGAGGAGCGGGAGGAGAGGAAGAGGAUGCAGGAGCUCCGAGAGGAGGAGAAACGUCAGGAGGAGGAGAGGGAACGGAAGCUGGAGCAGAAACAGGAGGAGGACAAGCGGCGCGCUAAAGAGGAGCAGGAGCGGCGAGAGGAGGAGGAGUACUUGAAGCUCAAAGCCUCAUUCAUCGUCGAGGACCAGGGAGAGCAGGAGCAGCUGUCAGAGGACCAGUCCCGCAGCCUGCUGCAGGACUUCAUAGAAUACAUCCAGACGUCUAAAGUGGUUCUCCUCGAAGACCUGGCGUCUCAUUUCGGGAUGAGAACACAGGAUGCGAUCACCAGGCUGCAGGACCUGUUAGCUGAAGGCACGCUCACAGGCGUGAUCGACGACAGGGGGAAGUUCAUCUUCAUCACUCCAGAGGAGCUGGACUCGGUGGCUCAGUUCAUCAGACAGAGAGGCAGAGUCUCCAUCACUGAGCUGGCACAGGCCAGCAACUCCCUCAUCAACCUGAUGCCUGAGAGCUGCAGCUCCGUCUGACGGGCAGCAGGGGGAGCUCUGCACAACUACCGAGAGACUGGAGCAUAUUGAAAAGGAAUAAAAACAACAUGUUUUCUUUUAUUUAACAUCUGCUGAAUUGUGACAUGAGAUCUCAGAAUGUUCUGGAAUAUAAAAUAUUUCCCAGAAUAUGUUUUUUUUUAAUUAUUAUUAUUAUUAUUAUUCUGGAACCAAGAAAUAUCCUCCAAAAGCAUAUUGGUAUCACUGGAAACAUUGCAU